GCGCGCGGCAGGUCGCGAAUACAUUCGCGCACAUUCGCGUGAUGUAUUCCCGUCGCCCGCGGCCUUCGCCGAACAUGCGCAUGUUCAUGUCAAGCGUAGUGCGAGGGGAAUAAUAUUUUGGCUUUCGGGGCCUAAAAUUAGCCGGAAAAUGCAUAAGUUAAAAUUUUCACAAAGGGACAAAGUAAAAAAAUUUAUAACAUUUACACAAACUGGAGAGCAAACUGCGAUAUAUUGUUUAGCCCAAAAUGAUUGGAAGUUGGAUCUCGCAAGUGACAAUUACUUCCAAAAUCCAGAAGCAUAUUACAAAGAACCGAAAAAUUCUGUUGACAAAAAGAAACUCGAAAUAUUGUAUAGCAAAUACCAAGACCCAAGUGAACCCAAUAAAAUUACGGCGGAUGGCAUUAUGAAAUUUCUUGAUGAUUUAAAUUUAAGUCCUGAGAGUAAAUUAGUUUUAAUCAUUGCGUGGAAAUUUCGUGCUGAAACGCAAUGUGAGUUUACUAAAGAAGAAUUUAUGAAUGGAAUGAUGGACUUGGGCGUGGAUAGUAUAGAUAAGCUAAAAGCAAGACUAGGUAGUUUAGAAAACGAUUUAAGGGAUCCUCUCAAAUUCAAGGAUUUUUAUCAUUUUACAUUUAAUUAUGCGAAAAAUGCAGGGCAGAAAGGCUUAGAUUUGGAUAUGGCAAUCGCGUAUUGGAAUAUUGUAUUAGAUGAUAAAUUUAAAUUUCUCCAAUUAUGGUGCCAGUUUUUACAGGAACAUCACAAACGAUCAAUUCCAAAAGAUACAUGGAAUCUACUAUUAGAUUUUGCACUUAUGAUAAAUUCGGAUAUGAGUAAUUAUGAUGAAGAAGGUGCCUGGCCUGUACUAAUUGACGAUUUUGUAGAAUGGGCACAACCGCGAGUUCGUCAAUCUCUCUAACGAUUUUCUUUUUUUCGCAACAUUCUCACACGUGAUGAUUAUUUAUUCGUUUAUAAAAAAAUAUAUUUUUCAAGUUACUUUGUGAAAUAACAAUUUUUUUUCAAUGACAAUUUCCGUUUUUGCUUUUGAAAAUAAUGGACAAAUUAAUGCACAUAAUAUAACGCGACUCAUAGUAUAUACUAUAUAUCAUCUUGUAAUAUGCAAUCUCAACAAUUUACAAUAUUUCGCUUCAGUAGGUGAUUUUAUUUGCUAAAAUAUGCAAAGAGAGAAAUCGUUUAAAUGUUUGCUUAAGAAAAAAAAUAACAGUUAUUUACUUAUUUAUUAAGUUCAAUUUGUGUGAAAUCUACUAACAACAUAGGGUAUACGAGAUUAUCAAUUGUAAAAUAAUUUAAUUGCAACUUUUGAUUUAUUUUUAAAGAGAAAAUAAGCAUUGCCUUGAAAUUUAUCAUAUUGUACAAAGUAAUAUGAUGUGUAAGAUGUUCAUUUACAUGUGGGAAUAGCAGAAAAUUGCUCAACUGUACUACUUAAGUAGUAUUUGCAAGCAAUUGAAAAAAAAAAGAAUACUUCUCAACGUUCUUUUAAAGUAAUGUCGGAAGCAAAAUUGGAAGAAGGAUUAGUCUAUACGUUCCUGUAGAUAGUAACUUCUAGAAAUUGCGUUGUUGAAAAUUGUUAUUAAAUAAAUUCUACGAUACUCUAUUACACAAUACUUAGAAUGUAUAUAAAAACAUAAAGAGAAAGAAAUCUGUAUUUUAGACAUUAUACUAUUUUGGCAUCUUUCUAUUUAUUUUUUUAUAUUUAAUCGAGAUAUACAGUAAAAAAAGAGAGAAAUUCAUUUUUUUGUAUUAGAUCACUUAUACAUGUAUAAUAUACUUAUGAAACAUUAUAUGAACAUUGUUCUAUAUGAACAAAUUAUAAAACUUUUUUAUAAACUGAAUUAAAUUUAAUUAAACAAUUUUUAUUUUCAAUUGUAUGUAACUUUAUCUGUUGAAUUGUCACAAAAAAAGUCAUUUGUGAUAAUAUUCUUUACAGAUUUAAUUCUCUUAACAAGUUUGUCAUAGGCAUUUUGUAUAUUAGACAUGAUCCCUUGUAACUACAUUCUAUAAAAAUUUAGCAGCAAUAUAUUUAGAUUUGUAUUUACACGAAAUAUGUGAAGAUUAUAAAGACAUAAUGUAAAAAAUUAUGUACUAUCAUAAACUGAAAAGAUUGUUAGGAAAUCAAAAUAUUAUAGCUAUAUAUACAUAAUGCGCGAAACACUUUUGAAUAAAAUUGUCUCGUCCACGCGUUUUUGAUUAUAUUUUAUAAGCAUAAUGUGAAGUAGACAAAGGAUAAAAAUCUCAACAGAUAUAAAGCAGUAUAAACUUAUUAUAAUAUGUAGUUACACAUAUCGCCAGGGAUGUCCGUUUGCGCAAUGCUAAACUCAUUGGAAAAGAAAUAUACCAUUAUUCGAAAUUCAUUAUUUUCGAAUAUAUAAAAUUAUUUCCUUAACAGUUUCAGCAUUGUGCAGACAAUAAAUUGUUUUACCAGCCUUAGGAAAAACAGAGAGAAAGUAAAUUGUACAUAAUGUAAAUAAAUAUAUCAAUCUUAAUCUAUUCAACCCGUCUGUUUAAACAAACUGCUGAAUAAAUAUACACCACAUUUCGUGUAUAUUAUCUCUAUGUGUUUAAAUAAAAAGUUCUGCUAAAAGUAUA